AUCUUUGAACAUCUCAUGUCCUUUACAGACCGUUAUGGUUCCAUCCUCAUUUCACAUGGGCAGUGGGGCUUGGUGUAUUCUUUCAACCUCUACACAACAGUAGAAAUAAGCUAUGUUUUAUUUUGUUUUCAUCUAGGUAAACAGGUGAACAAUGUUAUUGGUGUUUGUCUAGUGACCGUUGAACUUGCUCUGAUAAUCUUAGGCUUAUGUCUUCUUUAUGAUGGGGUGUCUGUGAACAUGACCAUCAAAAGUAACUUUGGAUUUGGAAUACUUGUUUUUACUCUUUUGAUUGUCCUAGUAAUUCAGUUUUUUUUCUCGACAGGUUUUAAAGACUUUACAAUCCCUAUAAUCUCAACAGUGUUUGUUCUGGUCAAAAUUGUUGGCUUUAUUAUUGUAGUUGUUGGAUUCUCUAUUUCAGUUGCCGCCAAAGACUGCACGACACAAUACAACUCAUAUAAUUGUGUCAUUGGUGGGUUGGUUAUCUUUGCAAUUGGAGAAAUUGUUGACAUGGCUUUAUGGAUUAAGGGUGAAGAGAAGUGUGUUGACAUCAAUAAAGACAAAGUAAGUCUAGAUGUUUUUCUGGAUGUUCUGUUUUUUCAUCCAAAUAAUCCCUUUCCAUUCUUUCACAUUUCUGACAUUGCCUUACCUCUCUCACUGCAGUUUAAAUGCACCAGUGUACUACACAUUAAAAUGCUGAAUUAAUGUUCUGAAAAAUGA